AUGAAAAUUAAAUUGGCUUUACCGUCAGAUAUAGAAAAUCCAAAACAAGAACUUGAAGCCCACCAAAUACAAGCAGAUUCAGCUUAUGCAAUAAAAAAGAAAGACAAGGAGGAAUGUACAGAUGCGAAAAAGGAUACAUGUGGCGCUCAAAACAAAAAUAUCCAUGUGGCUGCUAUGUUUCUUUGCAUAAGCAAACUUAUACCAGAUAUACGAAUAGAUCACAAGUUUUUAAUCCCUGGUCAUACUCACAUGGAAUGUGAUUCUGUUCAUGCUCAAAUAGAGCAAAAAAAGAAAAAUACUGACAUGUCUGUACAUUUGCCUAGAGACUGGUACAAUUUGUUAGAGGAGGCUCUUACCCGUAUAACAAAUAACGAUUUGUCUAUUAAUAAAGCCAGCAAAAUAUACGACAUACCCAAAUCAACGUUAAGUAAUAAAUUAAAUAAUAAAGUACCAUGGCAACGAAAAAUGGGUCCAUUAACACAACUAACUUUCGACGAAGAAAACAAGCUAGCAGACUGGAUUUUAACAAAAGCUAAACUUGGGUUUCCAAUGCACCCGGAAGAAGUUUAUGAUACUGUGGAAAUAUUCUUGAAACAAAAUGAGAGGGAGAAUAAAUUUACAAAAGGCCGACCGGGGAAAAAAUGGCUUACUUUGUUUUUGCGAAGACAUCCCGAAGUAACUAAAAGAAACGCUGAAAUAAUAUCAAAAGCUAGGGCAGCGGUUACAGAAGAGGCCAUCAGAAAUUGGUUUACUGAAUUGAACAAGUUUUUAGAGGAAGAAAAUGCCUUAGACAUUAAAGAUGACCCGACUCGUAUUUUCAAUUCAGAUGAAACUGGCGUCAUGACUUGUCUUAAAACGGGGCUGAUUUUGGGGCCCAAAAAUUAUAAAAAUACAUACGAAAUCGCAAGUGGGAAAGAAAAAGAAUCAAUCACAGUCCUAUGUACAUUCUCUGCUGAUGGUACUGAUGUACCACCGUUUGUUUUGUAUCCAUAUAAAAGAAUGCCACCAGCCGUAAUUCAAAAUUUCCCAGAUACUUGGUAUAUUGGCCGUUCCGACAGCGGGUGGAUGGUAUCAGUUGUAUUUUUACCUACAUUAAGUUAUUUUAUGAAUGGUUGGUAA